AUGAGCUGCACAUCAUUUUCUGGCGCGGUGGUGUGCUUCGAUGUAUGUUUGGUGAGUGGACGAGCUGCAGUCAUCUCUUGCACGGAGACUCAGAGACUGCAGGACAUGCAGGUGCUCAUUGCUGGGGAGUUAGAAUUGGGAAGUGCCGAUGAGAGUCCCUUGCUGCAGUUUUUCAAGCAGGCAGGCACUCAGUCUGAACCCCUGGCUCACAGCACCCGUGCUGCGGAGAUUGUCGGUUGUACCAUCCAAGUUGUGUUGCAGGAGCAUCCAGAGUGGUAUGUGCAGAAGUGUUUCUUGAGACGCUCAGCUGAGUUGAGCUGGGAUGUGGAAGAGGAAAGACGAGAGACUUUGUCGCUGCUCCCCGAUGGUCACUUCACCUAUGAGAUGCGCAGGCUUGCGUGGGACGAUUGCGUUGGGCGACUGGUUGUCAAGGAGGAUACGCUCCAGGGCACAGGGAGAUGGCGAUGCGUGUUACAAGCUGGCGUGCCCGGGGCACUGCCUGAAGAGGUUUUGCUUUUGGACGGCAGCGCUUGCUGGCUGUCAUCCUUUUCGCGUGGCCGCCUGGCCUCCCAAAGGAUCCGAAGGGCCCUUCCGAAAGUGGCCUUACAGGACUAUGAAAUCUCGCAGUUGUUUCACUCGGAAGAAGCUGUGGCUGGUCCUUUGGCAGAUGCUGGCACCCCCUGA